CCAACCAACCCUCUCUUUCAACGAUCUCAAUACCUUCUCUCUCCCUCAUUCAAUCCACACAUUUUAGGAGGAAGUGGAAGUGUCGCAUUCCUUUUUCUCUCUCUACAGUUUUGAGUGCUCUCUUUUCUUGAUUUUUUCCCCUCAUUUGCUAAAGCAGAGAAAAUGAGAACCCUAAAGUUCCGAUCUUUGUGACUUCAGAUACUUUCUUUUAGCUGUGGGCUGCUUUUUUGCAUUACUUUUGAACUGGUCCAGUGAUUUGCUAGGCUGCCUAAAAUGCUAUCUUGAUAUUUCUUCUGUUUGGGUAGUUUAUCUGCAUUAUCCUGGUAGGUACCUGCGAGCUUUAUAUUGGAUUGGAGACAAUAAUGUUCGAUUUUGAUGCUGGAAGUCAAAUAUUGAAUCUAGGCGAUGAGUAAUGGGUUUGUUUGUUACGACUAAUUUAAGGAUCCUGUAUUUAUUCUAAUGGCGUCUGAAUCUAGCACCAAGUUUUUCUCAGAUAAGCAGAGCAAAAUACAUGGAACCCAAGCCUUAGCAGGAAAUCCUCGCAAGGCUUCACCUUUGCCGAUUUGUAAGACUGGAAAAUUUGAGGCUACCGUGACAGAAUCAUCUAGAAAUGUUGAAGCUGUUUCUUCUAUGAAAAUUGCAGUUGCAGCUGCAGGGGAAAAGAAGUUACAUAAUCAUCAGCAAAAGGUGUCAGUCAGUUCUGUAGCUGAUAAACUGGAUUCCAGCUUGCAGUUGGGUAACUCAAAACAAGCACUAACACUUGAGAAUACUUUUGGUCAGGAAAAGAAAACAUCAGGUUAUGCAAUUAUCAAGGAUAGCUCAGCAUCUGCUAAAGUGAGCGAUGGAGCUAACAGUAUUGCGAAAACAAGCGGAAGUGCCAAAAUCAGUGAUAGGCUUGAUUUUGUUGAGAGUGGAAAGAGCAGUUUGUGUAGGGGUAGCACGAGUACUGACAUAAGUGACGAAAGUACUUGUAGCAGCCUGAGUAGCAGCAUUAACAAACCUCAUAAAGCAAAUGACAUGAGAUGGGAAGCCAUACAAGUGAUACGAUUGAAGGAUGGUGCCUUAGAUUUGAGGCAUUUCAGAUUGUUAAAGAAGUUGGGCUGUGGAGAUAUUGGAAGCGUCUAUCUUUCGGAAUUAUGUGGUACGAAGUGCUAUUUUGCCAUGAAGGUCAUGGAUAAAGCAUCACUAGCAAGUCGUAAGAAACUUUUGCGUGCCCAGACAGAAAGAGAAAUACUGCAGUCUCUUGAUCACCCCUUUCUUCCAACUUUAUAUACUCAUUUCGAGACAGAGAAGUUCUCAUGUUUGGUUAUGGAGUUCUGCCCAGGAGGUGAUCUGCACACACUUCGGCAGAGGCAACAAGGAAAGCAUUUUACUGAACAGGCAGUGAAGUUCUACGUAGCUGAGGUCCUCCUUGCUAUGGAAUACCUCCACAUGCUUGGCAUUGUGUAUAGGGAUCUCAAGCCUGAAAAUGUCCUAGUGAGAGAAGACGGACAUAUUAUGUUAUCAGACUUUGAUCUUUCUCUUCGUUGUGCUGUUAGCCCAACACUCAUCAAGUCUUCGUCCCUCGAGAUGGAGCCCCUUCGGAAAAACUCAGUUUAUUGCAUCCAACCUGCUUGCAUUGAGCCCUCCUGCAUUCAGCCAUCAUGUAUGGUCCCUACUUCGUGUUUCACUCCUCGACUCUUUUCGAGUAAAUCCAAGAAAGAACGGAAAACCAAAAAUGACAUUGGUAACCAAGUCAGCCCAUUACCGGAGCUUAUUGCUGAGCCAACAGAGGCACGUUCCAUGUCAUUCGUAGGUACCCACGAGUACUUGGCACCUGAAAUCAUCAAAGGUGAAGGGCAUGGCAGUGCUGUGGACUGGUGGACUUUUGGGAUUUUUCUUUAUGAAUUAUUGUUCGGUAGGACUCCCUUCAAGGGAUCAGGAAAUCGGGCUACACUUUUUAAUGUUGUGGGCCAGCCAUUGCGGUUUCCAGAGUCGCCCGUUGUCAGUUUCGCUGCUAGAGAUCUUAUAAGAGGCUUGCUAGUGAAAGAGCCACAGCAUAGGUUGGCAUACAAACGCGGGGCGACAGAGAUUAAGCAACAUCCAUUCUUUGAGGGUGUGAAUUGGGCAUUAAUUCGUUGUGCAAGCCCACCAGACGUACCUAGGCCAGUUGAGAUCGAAAGAAUUCCCGCCCCAACAGCAUCAACUAGUCUGAAAGUUGCUCCUGCAGCUAUCCCAAACCAUCAAGGUUCUGAUAAUUAUCUUGAAUUUGAUUUUUUUUAGUGGUUUUCUUAACUAAACUGUCAUUAUAUUUUUAUCCAACCAGAUCAUGAGUUUGUGAACAUUACAGAUAUCUUAAAUUGAAAAGAGAGAAGAAAAAAAAAUCAGGGUCUAAUGUGCUAGUAUUUAGUAUUUAAUCAUGUUGUAUUGAACAGUUACAAAUUUCUUGUAUUUGCAAAUGUUGAAAUACUGUUGGUAUCGAUCCAUAAAUGUGAAUUUGUUUGCUAUAUAU